AUGCCGUUAGACACGGCCGAACUGCCAGCACUGAGUCGAGCAAUCAUCAUCAUCAAAGCCGAGGUGGGCAUACCAGAAGUUAGUCCCAUUUCCAUGUCUGGUGCUGCUCAGGACGACCCAGCCUUACUCAAGCGUCAACUUCGAAACUCUGAACAACGGGUAGCGGAGCUAGAACGCCAAUUUGGUACCGAGAAAGACCUCCAGAAUCUUAACGAGAGACUGGUAGAGAAGCGUAAGACUGUGUCGGUUCUUGACACCCAAACAGAGAUCAUGAUUCGCCAGUUGGAAGUUCUCGCAGGCUAUGUGGAGAGGGCGAAAGACACCAAACGGCCGAUAGACCCGCGAGAUCUGGAAGACUCUGCUAUCAAAGAGUUUGUGCAGAAACUGGAAAAGGUCAAGCAGACCAUGGCGACAACCAUCGAGCAAUUGCAUGCUGAACGAGAUGACCUGAUGGAGGAGAAGAACCAGGCGAUUGCUGACAGAGACCGAGCGCUUCUGGAGUUCGAGCAGCUGGCAUCUAAGAAUGCUCAGCUUACGGACAUGAACAACGAUCUUACACAUCAGAUCCAGGAGAGAUUCAAGUCUCAGAUCAAUUCAGAUAUCAAGUCGCCUAAUGGGCUUGGAAUCUAUCAAGUACACAAGGGGACGUCGAAUACCUCAAUUCACAACCUUGACACCUCAAGCAUUCAGACCGGUGCCACGCUAGUGAGCACUGAUGCUGAUGAGCCCAUCCUUGAACAGGGGCCAACCGUUGUCAACAUUCGCAAGGGCCAAGUUCGGAAGUUCAACUGGAAGAAGGGUUCAAAGGCAGUGGCUCAAAACGUGGCCAAGGGCAUGAACCGUGCAGUUGUGGCUUUCCAGCAACAGAAUGAACGUGAGCGCGGUCUACACCCAGGCAGCUUGAACGGUGAUAGCAUUGGCCUUCCAUACAACAUGACGGUAACUCAAGUUGAGUCACCUGUCUCGCAUGGUCCGAACGGUCAGAACCGCAUUCCCAGUGAGCAACGGCAGUUUGGUGGCUUCUUUGGCAAGAAAGGCAACAUGCCAAAGUCUGUAUCGAUGGCAAAUGUCUCCACACCGACUAUUGCCGAAGCUCCCACGACCCUGUUUGGGUCGGAUCUUGUCGAGCGAGCCGACUACGAGCGACGCCAGAUUCCUUCUGUUGUAACUCGCUGCAUUGAAGAGGUUGAGCUUCGAGGCAUGGACAUCGAGGGCAUCUACCGAAAAACGGGAGGCAAUUCUCAGGUCAAGAUGAUCCAAGAAGGAUUCGACAAGAAUGAGGACUUCGACAUUUCCGAUCCUUCAAUAGACAUCACAGCUGUGACCAGCGUUCUGAAGCAGUAUUUCCGCAAGCUGCCGAUACCAUUGUUAACGUUUGAAGUCUACGACCGGAUUCUGGAAUCAAACACGAUUACUGAGACCACCGAUCGGUGCGCCCACCUGCGAAAGACAGUCAAUAUGUUACCCCAGAAACACCGUGACUGCUUGGAAUUCCUCAUGUUCCAUCUCGCCCGUGUGGCUAGUCGGGAACGAGAGAACUUGAUGUCUCCAAAAAAUCUUGCUGUGGUCUUUGCCCCUACCAUCAUGAGAGAUCAUAGUCUUGAGAAAGAGAUGACAGAUAUGCACGCAAAGAAUAUUGCAGUGCAAUUCGUCGUUGAACAUAGCCAUGAGAUCUUCUCCGAAGAGUAG